CAAAAUGGUUCAGUCCAAGAUUUUGAGACAAACAAAAGGUGUAUAUAUAGAACAUCAGUGUCACAUAACAGACUUCGCGACAAUUCAACAGACGGUGCAGAGCUGAAAUGGCGUCUCAAAGGAGACUCCCCAUACUGUUACUCACUCUCAUAUUCUGCUUCUUACCAUGUGCCACCUGUGGAAAAACGUACUACAGCCACCAUGGGCUACGAUGUGUGGGUAAAUGUGAGCUUCAAGGCUUUCCUCAGUCGUAUCAGUGCACAGUUCAUGCGUCAGAUGGCACAGAAAAAUUAGAGUACUGCUCACCAAAGAGGAAUAUGGACUACAAGGGAAAUGAGUGCCUUGAUUGUUGUGACCUGCACGGCAAAGACUACUACUGGUGUAGAACAGGAUCAACUUGGGGAUACUGUGGAGAUGUGGUAGAGAGCUCCAAACAUUACACUUCCACCUAUGGUGUGCCAUGUACUGAUAGCUGUGAACAGCGAAGUUUAGACUACUACUGGUGCCAUUCCCCUCGGGGUUAUGAUUACUGUUCACCAAAACAGAAUGUGGACUACAAAGGCUACGCCUGUCGUGAAGAUCAUCCCUGUGACAAACAUGGAAACAGUUACUACUGGUGUAAUUUGAAGCAAGGAAGCUGGGGCUACUGUGCACCAGUGGAGGAAAAGGCAAUGAUUCAUACAACCAUAUAUCUGAAAGACUGCAUUGGUGACUGUCAGUAUCAUACGUCUGGGGAUUACUUCUGGUGCCAUGCUGAAAGUAGUUGGAGCUACUGCUCCCCUCUACCUGACUUCACCUGCAAAGGUGAACCUUGUCGCUCAGAUCACACGUGUGGGAACCAUGGCUAUAGUUAUAACUGGUGUUACACAACAUACAACGAUGACUGGGAUUACUGUGGAGUGAUCACUGCUGGAGAGUGUGUUUAUUCCGUGCCACUGCGCAGGAAACGACAGCCUAAUUAUUCAAAUGUGAUCUGUACCAAGGAGGAAAACAAAAAGAAGAGAGUGACUGUUUUCACAGCAGAAUUAGAUCACAAUGCCAUAGCAGAACCCAGCAAUAGGUUACGCAAAGAAGCGCUAAGUUUAAUUAACCAAUGGGACAACCAGGGCUUGGGCGACUGGGCCAGGUCCAACUUGAUUACAUCAGAGGAGGGAAAUCUUCGAAUUGACCUGCAGGAACCGAUAAACAGGAAUAAUCAGCGGUAUUACAACCUGCAGAUCCAGAUGAACUCGGCACACGAUAGUGGACAAAGCACCACUCUGGCACAGAUCAUAGUUCCUGUUGACACUUCAGCUGAGUACAUGCGUUUGGCCUUCAGGGAGAGUUUACAGCGCCGGUCAAGGAUUUCACUGGAAGUAUCAGAGCAAUCAACCGAGCUGGUUGAUUGCUCUGAACAAACAACAACCAAAAGUGUCACAAACAUCAAUUAAUGAUUAUUAGAGUAUACACAUAAAUUAGCAAAGGUCAAUAUUUGGCAGAAUGAGUGAGUCAGCAUGAAUCUGUCCAUUAGUAAACUUUACGUCUUUAGAAGUUCAACUCUCAGUAACAGCUAAUUAAUAAG